AUAAGAAGACAAUUGUCGACAUCAUUCUUUUUACAAAUACUAGUCAAAAACUAUACGCGACCUCACGCUAACGAUAAGAACGUUAUCACUGAACAAAUAAACCUAUACGAACAUAUUCACCGUGAAACUGGCCGAUGUUUUGUUAAUAUAGCAAAUUGUUCCAAAUCGGUUAGUUCAUUUGUACUGGUUAGUUCCUACAAUACAACGUUUGUAUCAACAAGAGUUUGUGUAAGAGAUGAGAAACCAUGCUCCAUAAGGAACGACGUCAUGCAGUCGUUUGGUUUUGUGAUUAUCAAACAAGCAACGUUUUUUGAUUUCCAGUUCAAGAACAGUUCUUGAAACAAUUCUUAACUACUAAGUAACUGAGGAAAUUCCAUCUAGCGCGUAGUCUAAUUACGUUUCCAUACCCGGUAAACUAAUGACCCGCAAACAGAAGCAUAGACACCAAAUUAGGCUGAUACGACAGCAACAGUGAACAGAAAGCCACCAAAAUAUGGGAGAGGUGACCAAAUCAUGUUGCUAUUGCUGCUGCGCCUGCUAUCAAUCUGGAUGUUGUUGUACCAGUUUGUGUUGCCUAGUAGUGCCGAUUGUUGGCCUACUUUUGCUACUGAUUGGAAUCGUGGUUGCAAUACUACUCGGCGUUUCGAUCAUCCAUCACAAUGCCAAAGAGCACACGAUCACCUACCUGUUAGCGGUGCUGAGUAGGAAUCAGUCACACACAGGGGAAACGAACAGUACCGCUGCCGGAUGAUGAAUGUUCUGGUGACACUGUCUUACCUUUCAGAGAUGAACGAGCUGGGCGCCCUGGACCGGAAGAGAAGUGAAAACGUCAGAACGAGAGAACUACAUAGCGAGCAACUAUUCAUAUAUUUAAGUGCAGUUAUCAAUUUCUAGUUAUACGUUUGAUCUAACGGUUACGUUGACCGUUUUACGGAAUACGGUAGUACGUAUAUGAAUUUGAAUUCCUUAAUUAGCAUCGAGAAUACUGAUAAGCAUCUAUCACAAGUGAGGUUAUGUGUGGCUUCCUUCAGUGCAUUUUCAUGUUUUUCCUUUUCUUGUUGAAGGUCGGACGGCGUGCUUAAAUAAAUUGAAUUGGCCAUUAGGCUAUUAAGACGCCUUCCCACAUAGGAGCCACUCUAGUUGAACAAUUUAUUUACUCGAUAGAAGGUAGCGCUCGACAUUAGUUAAUUACACGUGAAUUAUUGAAUUCUACUGUUGAAUUAUUGGCUCAUGUUUAGGAGGCCGCCAUCGAUACAAGUUUACCGCGAAUAGAGAGAUUUAUCGUUCGGAUAGUUGAACAGGGGAAGACUCAAUGUAAGUCGUUAGUUAAACUUCGCAACACUAUUAUAAACUGACUAAUCUAAUACAACCCAUUUUAGCUUUGAGCUGUUACACAAGAACCGCUGCAAAGAGUCCCCUACGUCCGAACUCUUCUCUAAACAUCCUCAAAGAUUGAUUCAUAGGAUGUCGAAUGAACAAAAUGGAUUCGACUGCGAGAAAUGUGAACGGUCAAAUUCAUGCGACAACAUGGUACAGUGCGAUACUUGUCUGGGUUGGUACCACCUGGACUGUGCAAACGUCUCACCGGAAGUUGAAAAUCGACCAUGGCACUGCGAAAUUUGCUCGUAUCCACUCUCGCCUGCGAAUCCGGAUGAAAAGCAAUCUGUUACCGACCGCCCGAUAGCCAAUUCAACGGGGAAAAAUGCAACCGGCGAUUGCAGAAAAAAUAAAGAGUCGGAAAAUAAUUCGAGAAGUGUAACAUCUCCGACCAAAAAGACACUGAAAAAUGGAAAUAGACACUCGGAACUAGCGCAUACCGACAAUGGGUCUAUGCAUACUAAUACUAAAGUUUCAGCGCAAAAGGCUCUACAUCGCCUAGAGGAAAAACUGAAAUUGGAAGAACAAAUACUGAAACUUCAACGACGAGAAUUAGAGAAAGCCAAGGAACGCCUGCGAAUGAAAAAGGAUCUAGAGGAAAAGGAAACGCAUUGAUCAGGAAACAGCUUAAAAUGCAGGAAAAGUUCUUGGAUGAAAAACACAGUUUGGAAAAACAACUUAUGGAAGAUGGCGCCAGUUCUAGACGCACUGAAAAUUCUUUGACAAGUAAAUGGAUAAAAGAUCAACUUUCACGCAACCUUCCGACGAAUUCAUCAGAACUUCUUAUGGAAGACAAAUAAAUGGGUAAAAGAUGAACUUUCACGCAACAUUGCGUCACAUUCGUCAGAACACUUGGAAACACCAAAGCGAAAGGCCCGUUGGCUUCGACGGGGAUAUCGAAAAAAUGUUUCAUCAGAUUCGAAUAUUGCCCGAGGACACACACUCACAACGAUUCUAUUUCCGCUUCAAUGAAAAGAUCCCACCGGAUGUUUAUAUUAUGGACGUGGCCACGUUCGGCGCAACUUGUUCACCAUGUUCAGCGCAACACGUCAUGCAUCGUAACGCGGAUGAAAAUGCACACGAGUUUCCCGAAGCAGCCGCAGCAAUCAAAGGAAAAACAUAUAUGGACGACUACUUCGACAGCACCGACACACCAGAAGAAGCGAUGCAACGGGCUUUACAAGUAAUACUAAUUCAUUCACGAGGAGGGAUGAAUAUGAGGAAUUGGGUCUGUAACAACGUCGAAGUCUUGCAGGGUUUGGGAGAAGUCUCAGAGCAGCGGUCGCUUUCCAUCGAUUAUUGCAUAGAAGAUAACCGACAACGAGUUCUCGGAAUUAUCUGGGAUCCCGAGAAAGACGCCUUCAUAUUCUCCACAAACUGGAAAACUGAGCUGGCUCCGUAUGUAUUGGAUGGUUUGCGACCGACCAAACUCAUCGCUUUACGUAUCAUCAUGAGCCUUUUCGAUCCGUUGGGUUUUCUUGCACCCUUUUUAAUACACGGCCGUAUGUUGAUGCAAGAUCUCUGGCGGAUUGCUUUGGAUUGGGACGCUGAAUUAGGCGACGUGGAGUACGACAAGUGGUGUAGAUGGAUAAAUUUUCUCCCAGAAAUUAGCGCUCUUGAGAUUCCUCGGUAUUAUUUCCCGGAUUUUCAACUUCACCCCUAUUCCUCUUUGCAGUUGCAUGUUUUCACCGAUGCUAGCGGAUUGGGCUAUGGGUGCGCCGCGUAUUUUCGAGCAGAGGACGGAAAUAGAAUAAAAUGUGCGUUAGUCAUGGCUCGCAGCAAAGUGGCUCCGAUUAAAUACCAAUCCAUUCCGCGGAUGGAGCUCGAGGCGCUUCUGGGGGCUAGGAUGAUGAAAACUGUAUGUGAAAAUCACACGCUACUAAUUAAUGAGAAGUUCAUUCACACGGAUUCAGAAGUCGUCUUGGCAUGGAUCCGCUCUCAUCACCGAAAUUACAAGCAAUUUGUUGCGUAUCGCGUCGGAGAAAUUCUGUCACUCACUGAACCUGAAGAUUGGCGACAUGUUCCGUCGAAAGAAAACUUGGCAGAUUGUCUGACCAAAUGGGGUAAGGACACCAUACCUGACUCUGGCGGAAGAUGGCUCACUUGCAAAAAUUCCUUUCUUCAUAGAGAUAUGAAAGAUUGGCCGAUGCAAAAGAAAAUAACAUAAACUAAAGAAGAGUUGAGGGUCCCCCUUCUCUUGCAUCACAUCACAGUUCCGGAACGCUGGAUAGAGAUUGAGCGGUUUUGUAAGUGGAAUGUGUUGCUACGAACCGUGAUACUGGUAUUUCGUUUUGCAUUUAACUGUCGUUAAAAAGUCAAUAAUCUUCCAGUCAAGACAAUUAAGGCAACCAAGAGUCUACAAACGUUCCUAAGAAAAUCAAUACCAUCCAACGUCGUUCCUCUGAGCCAGCAGGAGUACCUACUGGCCGAACGAAGCUUAUGGCGAAUGGCGCAAAAUGACCAUUACACAGACGAAGUUAAAAUCUUAACAAACAAUCGAGAUGAGUUACCAGCAAAUUGGAUUACUCUUGAAAGAUCCAGUUCAUUGUACACGCUCUCUCCAUUGCUGACGAGUUCGGAGGAAGGUCGGACUGCCAAUGCAAGUUAUGCAACGUUCGACGCUAGAUUCCCGUUCAUACUUCAAAAUACCCACCCGAUUACCCUAUUACUACUCAACGACUUCCAUUGUCGUUGCGGUCAUGCUAAUCGCGAGACAGUGGUCAACGAGGUUCGCCAACGAUUUCACAUUUCCAAUCUGCGCACCACUGUAGCUAAAGUGAUGAGAAAAUGUCAACGAUGCAAAAUUAUGAAAUGUCAGCCACAGAACCCUCGCAUGGCUCCCCUUCCCGUAGAAAAGUUGACACCUUUUGUACGGCCAUUCUGUUAUGUCGGAUUAGACUAUUUAGGACCUGUGGAAGUUUCCGUCGCACGCCGCAAGGAAAAACUAUAUGUUGCUGUGUUUACGUGUUUGGUCACCCGUGCAGUGCAUCUAGAAGUCGCUCACAGUCUAUCCACUGACUCUUGCGUAAUGGCUGUAAGACGAUUCAUACACCGACGAGGUCCACCAGUAGAAAUAUGUACGGAUAAUGGCACCAAUUUUGUUGGCGCGAGUAACGUGCUGAGCAAACAGAUCAGGGAUAUCAGAUCAGGGAUAUCAGAUCAGGGAUAUCAGGGAUAUAUUGCCGAAGGAAGUCGACGAACGUGGCUGCGUGGCAUAGUUCAAGAAAUCAUCCCUGGACGUGACGGCAGAGUCCGCCAGGCGAUCGUGCGAACUGCCGGUGCCGGUUGUCAAACUGGCCGUUAUGGAGAUAUCUGACGGUGAAUUCUGCGAGAGAACUCAAGCUUACCGACCGAAUUCACGAGGGGGAGGAUGUUCUGGUGACACUGUCUUACCUUUCAGAGAUGAACGAGCUGGGCGCCCUGGACCGGAAGAGAAGUGAAAACGUCAGAACGAGAGAACUGAAGUUAGAAUGGAGUAAUUUGCAGCUCUUACAUAGCGAGCAACUAUUCAUAUAUUUAAGUGCAGUUAUUAAUUUCUAGUUAUACGUUUGAUCUAACGGUUACGUUGACCGUUUUACGGAAUACGGUAGUACGUAUAUGAAUUUGAAUUCUUUAAUUAGCAUCGAGUAUACUGAUAAGCAUCUAUCACAAGUGAGGUUAUGUGUGGCUUCCUUCAGUGCAUUUUCAAGAUUGGCUUAAAUAAAUUGAAUUGGCCAUUAGGCUAUUAAGACGCCUUCCCACAUAGGAGCCACUCUAGUUGAACAAAUUAUUUACUCGAUAGAAGGUAGGGCUCGACAGUAGUUAAUUACACGUGAAUUAUUGAAUUCUACUGUUGACUGUUGGCUCAUGUUUAGGAGGCCGCCAUCGAUACAAGUUUACCGCGAAUAGAGAAAUUUAUCGUUCGGAUAGUUGAACAGGGGAAGACUCAAUGUAAGUCGUUAGUUGAACUUCGCAACACUAUUAUAAACUGACUAAUCUAAUACAACCCAUUUUAUCUUUGAGCUGUUACACAAGAACCGCUGCAAAGAAUCCCCUACGUCCGAACUCUUCCCUACACAUGAAUUUAAAAAAAUUCAAACCGAUAUAGCAGAUGACAAUCCCAAAAGCUUCAAAGUUGGAUUCAAAACUAUUGCAAUUUAUUCGUCAAAAUUUUUUAUGGCCAUACGAACCGGUUUGGGUUAUGCUGGUUCCUGAAUACCGGCUCUGGAAG